UAUUGUAUGUCAUAUGACAGAUGGUGAAUGGAAACGGAGGAAAUACUACAUUACAAUAUGUGUUAUUUUUCCUUUAUUGAUUGGAGUUAUUCCCCCAUUUUUGAUUGCUGAAAGACCUGAUGGGAUUACACCAGGACCAUAUUUUUGUAUGUUUUACAAACCAUCAAUACCUUUGGCAUUGGUCAGCGUUGAUGGUUGGAAUACUUUAACGAGUCUUUUUGGAAUUUACUUUUCAAGUAGAGAGUCCGAUAAGACACCUCAACAUCAAACAGAUACUGGGAUACAAGAAUUUGAUCACGGUCUAAAUACCCCUGCAAGUAUAGCUUCAUCAAAUCUUCGAUUUUCAAGUAAUCCGUAUGAUAUAGGGACAUCGGGUUCAACACGUUCUACAUCAUCGAUACCAAUAUAUGUACUAUUACGUUUGAUUCUUUUUGCUUUUUUGUACUGUGCUAUUACUAUCUUGAGUUAUGGUCGAAAUUUAUAUCUAAGUAUUAGAGAGAUAGAAUAUGAUCUUAUCAACCCUACAUAUUUGGAAUAUGUUGUUGCAUUAUUAGGUAUAGUAAUCUUUGUCGUGUUUGGUACUUCAAUAGAGGCUUUUAAAGCAUAUUGGCGUUUCCUUAAGGUUUUUCUAAGUUUUCGAUGGUUAAAAAGUCGGUUAAAUCGUAAAGACAGUUUUGGUGAUUGGGAG